CCUCUCCAGGCCUCCAGGAGCUUAGUGGCUGCAGACGCCCCACAAGGCGACACCAUGACUCUGGCUGCUUACAAGGAGAAGAUGAAGGAGCUGCCCCUCGUCUCCCUCUUCUGCUCCUGCUUCCUCUCGGACCCCUUGAACAAGCCAGCCUACACGUAUGAAGACACGGUGGACCUCACCUGGUGCGUCAUCUCCGACAUGGAGGUCAUCGAGCUCAACAAACGCACGUCGGGGCAGUCCUUUGAGGUGAUCCUCAAGCCCCCCUCCUUCGACGGCAUCCCUGAGUUCAACGCGUCCCUGCCGCGGCGCCGCGACCCUUCCCUCGAGGAGAUCCAGAAGAAGCUGGAAGCGGCUGAGGAGCGGAGGAAGUACCAGGAGGCCGAGCUCCUGAAGCACCUGGCGGAGAAGCGGGAGCACGAGCGGGAGGUCAUGCAGAAGGCCAUCGAGGAGAACAACAACUUCAUCAAGAUGGCCAAGGAGAAGCUGGCGCAGAAGAUGGAGUCCAACAAGGAGAACCGCGAGGCCCACCUAGCUGCCAUGCUGGAGCGCUUGCAGGAGAAGGACAAACAGCAGAGGGAGUGA